AGGCUAUAGGCUAUACGAUCUCGGAGAAGAAUGGAGAGAGAAGUGUCUUUCUCUGGCUGGGAAGCUGAUAAAGACCGCAGUAAGUCUCUGUCCGAGAACCAGGAACCGAGGUCAGGCCGUGUAUACACAAUGUUUCACGGAGCACAUUUGAAGAACGCAACAGCUAUCAUUAAUAAAGGAUUUAUACCCUCUAAAGAUGGAAUGCUAGGCCCCGGGGUUUAUGUCAGUCGUAACAUUGAUAAAGCCAAGUGUUACCCGCUCAAGACUGACGUCAACGACAAAGUUGUUUUCAAACUGCGGGUGCGUAUUGGAAAAGUGAAGAAAAUAGACUGUGAUAGUCAUCCUCUCAAGAAAUCGUGGCACAGCAACGGGUACGACUGCGCGUGGGUUCCGCCAAACAGCAACAUCUCCACCAUCAAGUCCGGUCGCGAGGAGGACUGCGUUUGGGACCCUAGUCGCAUCGAGGUGAUCGACGUGGCGUGCUGUGUGGAUAACGAUAAACGCAGGGAGCUUCGACGGCUGGUUCGCAGUAAAAUGAAAAACAAAGGCUCAGACUGCGAUCUUUGUCAUCGCGACACUUCUGAUGGAGACCAUGAUAUUCAGCCGUGCUGGGGGUGCAAGAAACAAAUCUGCUCUUUUCAGGGAAAACACUUGUGCAAAAGCAAGUUCAGAGAAAGAGACUGAAUCUGAAAUUAACUUCAGAUUAUGAAGGGGUUCCCAGACCACCUUG